GGUAUUAUGGGACGGCCGCAAGCAGGAAGUCCUCACAUUUAGCAAACACACCAUGGAUGUAUAAUAAACGAGAGACACUAAUCAAUGAGUAAUACGAUGGAUAACAUGGUGACCGACAACAGGGGUGAACCACAGACAGACUUAAUCUACUGUUGUGGAGCCAUCACAGAGGUUCUUAAAUUUGGCUCCUGUCAGUUACACUCUGGACACAAGGUGCUUUUUCUUAUCAUUCCAGGUAACCCAGGUGUAGUGGGCUUCUAUAAAACCUUCAUGCAAACACUUCACAGCAUGUUUGAAUACCGCCAUCCAGUGUGGGCUGUAAGUCAUGCUGGCCACUGUGUACCACCAGACUCCAUGGAUAUGGUAGAAGAUUCCUUCUCAGCAGCAGAAGGUGACGUGUUUGGCCUGAACGGCCAGAUUGAACACAAGCUGUCCUUCCUCAGGCAACAUGUUCCCAGAGAAACCAGCCUGGUCCUGGUGGGACACUCCAUCGGCUGCUACAUUAUUCUCAACAUGAUGAAGAGAAAUCCUGAACUCAAAAUUAUAAAGGCCAUUGCGUUGUUUCCCACCAUCGAGCGCAUGGCUCAGACACCUCAGGGGAAGGUCAUGACCCCUGUGCUGUGUCACAUGCGUUAUGUGGCCUACCUGCCUCUCUUCUUGCUGUCUCUGCUGCCGGAGGAACUUAAAGCCAGCCUGAUCAAGCUAGUGUUUGGUGGCAUCCGCUGUCUGGACCACACUGUAGUCCAACCUACUGUAGGUCUACUCAGCGGAGACUGUGCAGCCAAUGCUAUGUAUAUGGGGGGUCAGGAAAUGAGGAACGUUCUGGAAAGAGACAACAUAACUAUCAAGAAAAACCUUGAAAAGCUCAUAUUUUAUUAUGGAGCUACAGACCACUGGUGCCCUGUUGAAUAUUAUUACGACAUCAAGCAGGAUUUCCCACAUGGAAAUUUCCGACUUUGUGAAAACGGGUUCCGCCACGCUUUCGUCCUGGAUGCAGGAAGAGAAGUUGCCAAAAUGGUGUUUGAAUGGAUCAGUGGAGAUUUGGGGACAUGAGUUCAAUCUUUGCUUUCUUUCAACUUCCUGCGUAUCUGACAUGUGAUGAUGACACUACGCAUCCAGACCAGGAGUUUAUUUUUAUCAGCAGAGAUUGUGGAAUUAAAUUGAGAAUGCAAGCUCAAUGCUCAAGAAAUAUAAAAAAAUAUUUAAAUAUUUUUUUUAUCCGUGCAAUGGUGUAAUGAGGUUCAUAAUGUUUAUCCUACAUGCCUUUUUAUUUUUAAUUUAUUGUAUUUUUUAUUAGUUGAUUUUACUGUGCAAGUAAUGUGAUGGGAGAAAACGUAUGGGACAGACUGAAGGCACAACAGAUAAAAUGUUAUUCAUAUGUGCCAAAAGUGCAGAGAAAUUUGUACCCAUAUUCAUCCAGCCAGGCAUUGUCAGUUAAGGGGGCAUUUAAGUGUGAAAUUACAAUCGGUAAUAGGACUGAUAAGGCAGAGUUUAUUGUGAUUAAAGGCAACGGUGAACCCACUCUUGGGGAAAAGAACAGCUAUGAAGCUAGGACUGUUGAAAAUAGGUGAAAAUGUCUCAGCUGUUACAGACCUCAAACACACACUCCAGCAGCAAUAUCCAAAUGUGUUCAAGGGUGUAGGAAAAUGUAACACUAAGCAGAUUAGCCUAUACAUCGACCCAAAGGUAAAACCUGUGGCGCAGCCACUCAGACAUAUACCAUACAACCUCCAGGAGGCUGUAGAGAAAAAGAUAAAAGAACUGAUGGACAUGGACGUUGUAGAACGUGUCAAAGGCCCCACCCCCUGGGUAAACCCAGUGGUGAUACUCCCAAAACCUGAUAAGGAUGUCAGGAUGUGUUUAGAUAUGAGAAGGGCUAAUGAGGCUAUCGUGAGGGAACAAUAUCCUAUUCCUACUGUGGAUGAGAUACUCCAAGGCAUUAAUGGCUCCGCUAUAUUUAGUAAACGAGAGAUAACUACAUUUGCAGUACACAACGGAGUAUACAGGUACAAGACACUGAUAUUCGGUGUGUCGUCAGCCAGUGAGCAAUACCAACAUGAGAUAGCCAAUUAGCUGGCAUUGAGGGUGUGGAAAACAUCUCAAAUGUUGUGAUAGUACACGCACCAGACCAGGAAACACAUGACAAGCUCCUGCACACUGUCAUGAAGAGACUCUCAGAAUGUGGACUAGCACUGAAUCCAGAAAAAUGUCAGUUCACCAUAGACAGACUGAUAUUCAUGGGGAUACUUCUGUCAGAGAAAUGAAUCGGACCAACUCAAUCGGAGACUGAGCAGGGAAGCUUCUGGCUUUGUUUAAGAAGGAAGGACCAGGCGUGGGGAAAGCAAGGGUCCUAGGGUCAGCUGCAGGGUUUGGCAGGGAGACAUCCGUGCUGUUGCUCCACCACCGUGAGAUGUUCCGGGAUUAAUAGAGCGAAACAUCAAAUGAAGGGUGGCUCCCGGCUGAUGACACUGCAGCUACCCGCAAUAGCACUGUCGGAGGUGCGGCAAGCAGAAAUGCUCAGCAGGCAGUCUCCCAACAGGAGCAUGUUAUCGGAGGAACACCACCACACGUGAAAAGAUAUGAGAUAAACAAGCCUAAGAAAAUGCACAGUACACAGGACGACAAACCAGGAGCUGAGGACAGUGGACUUGAUGCAGACACACAUGUACAGACUGUCACUCAGACAUUAUACAUUGUGAUAUACAUUGUGGGGAUAUAUUGUGAAAUAGUUGUAUAUUGUUGAAAAGACACAAGUUGUAAGGUAGCUGCUAAGACGAGAGCUAUUAUAGAAAAGGAAGCAAUAAGUUACCAACCAUUUAUGUAUGACAGUACAGAGCUUGUUGAAGUGGAUGUUUUUGUUCUUUCAAGAAAAGUAGGGAUGUCAUGUAUUGGAUUGGAUUGGACAUGUCUAAUAAACAGGAAGUAACGAGAGUAACGUAUGGGGAUAGCCUGACGGCAUGUGGAUGUAAUAAUCGUGUUCGGACAAUAAAGCAAGUAAACGAA